CCUCUCCUCCUCCCCCCCCGUGGGUCCCCUCCCCCCCGCUCCCUUUCCCGCCCCCGAGGUUGUUUCUCUCCUCGGCCCCCUCUCAAAGGCUGCCUUCCUCUACGCCCAAGCCUCAAAUGUCAUUCAUUUCCCAUACAUGGGAGAAUAUCCAGGUGGGAUGGACAAUUACGCAGUCACGACCAUAAGUAAGAGAGAUGGCCAUAACCCUUGGAGCAUGUGCAAGGUGGAAGUCACAGGCUUUAUACAGAGCAGGUGCAAAUGGACAUGUAGAAAUGUGGGUUGUGAAGAAACGAGGCUUACAGAAUAAGUCCAUGCCUGAUUAUCACUUGCACAAGUUAGAGUGUAAGAAAAUGGUUAGCAACAGGAUGGAAAGCAUCUGUGCAAUCACUGCUGCAUUUUAAACAAUCAUUGAAACAGGCGCACCUUGCUGUACAGUAUUGCAUUUUGUUUUGUGGCCAUGUGUCAUAGGUUUCGGGCAGGGAAGGGACACAGGAGGGAACCUUGCUUUCAGGCAGAGAUAUGUGCAGGAAUAACACCAUGGUUUAUUUGUAUUCUGCCUUUCCAUGUCAAUGGGCAUUUGAUCUGCUUGUAGCUGGAUCUUUGUCUGGUGAUGAGAAUGUGCAACAGGAAGCUGAAGUACAUCAUAAAAUUGUAGAAUUGGAAGGUACCCAAGGGCCAUCUAGUCUAACCCCCUGCAAUGCUAUGUUGGAGGCCACAUAUGCAGAUUCUUCUUGCUCUUGGUAAAUAUUUGUAGCCUGGCAUUCUUCUUCUUUGGGGAACUGUACACGUGACCCGCUAUGACUUGGCACCUGAGUAACACCCAUCCCCUCCAGUACCACUGACAAGGUAGGGCUGUUUCAAAAAUACCUUCCAGCAGAACUUUUCUAUGGCCGUUGAGAAUUGCAUCUUGUUAACAUGGAAGCUUAGCAAGUUGUUUUGUACAGAGCAAUGACAGAGACCAUCCAUGUUUCAGUUGCUUUUGUGGUCAGGGACUGCAGCAACAGAAACAUAAGAUCUUUGUGGAAAUGACUACAACUAGUUCAUAACCUCUUUCGGCCACCUCACAAGGAUGAAAGUGUGCUGGCUUCCUCAAGACUUCCCUGAAAACUGGAGAAGUCUCUUCUAAUUGCCACCAGCAGACACCAACUCAUCUUGCACCUCUACCCCUCUUCUCCUAAGGACACCAGAGAGAAAGAGGGCUUGAUAUUUAUCCAUAGCAAUUAAUUGACUGCACAUCAGGCCCAAAAGUGAAUGUUUGUUUCUGUUCAGCAGCAAGACUCAAAUGUAACAGUAAAAAAUGACAAAAUGUAUUGCCAUUGGAUUUGGCACUGCAGAAUGGAAAAUACAUCAGUAUUAUGGCCAACAUUUCUGAGGUUCUGCAUAACUUGAUAGUCAUUUAUAGAUAUGUAUUUUCAAAUUUAAAUAUGGGACCUCAUGUAGAGCAUGGGUAGGCAAACUAAGGCCCAGGGGCCGGAUCCGGCCCAAUCACCACCUAAAUCUGGCCCGUGGACGGUCCGGGAAUCAGCGUGUUUUUACAUAAGUAGAAUGUGCCCUUUUAUUUAAAAUGUGUCUCUGGGUUAUUUGUGGGGCCUGCCUGGUGUUUUUUACAUGAGUAGAAUGUGUGCUUUUAUUAAAAAUGCAUCUCUGGGUUAUUUGUGGGGCAUAGGAAUUUGUUCAUUUCCCCCCCAAAAUAUAGUCUGGCCCCCCACAAGGUCUGAGGGACAGUGGACCUGCUCUUUUGAUCCCUCUUUGCUGACCCCACAGUGUUCAUCUGUACUCCAGCUUUUGUAAGCCUCAGUGCCAUAGGACAUUUAAUAUUUAUAUUAUUUGGCUAGCACCUGUGGCAUUAAGCAGUUGUAAAAUUAAGCAGUCUCUAGAUGUGCUUACCAUCACCUUGAUCAUUUUCUUUAUGUUCUGCUGAUGCGGCAAUGUUUAAAUUUUAUGAUGAAGCAAAUUUUCAAGUUUUUUUUCCAGUGGAUCAUGAAAUUGGAGUUGCACUGAUUAAUCUUUACUUUAAUCACAUUAGGUAAAGGUAAAGGGACCCCUGACCAUUAGGUCCAGUCGUGACCGACUCUGGGGUUGUGCGCUCAUCUCGCAUUAUUGGCCGAGGGAGCCGGCGUAUAGCUUCCGGGUCAUGUGGCCAGCAUGACUAAGCCGCUUCUGGCGAAACCAGAGCAGAACACGGAAAUGCCGUUUACCUUCCCGCCGGAGCGGUACCUAUUUAUCUGCUUGCAUUUUGAGGUGCUUUCGAACUGCUAGGUUGGCAGAGGCAGGGACCGGGCAACGGGAGCUCAACCCAUUGCGGGGAUUCGAACUGCCUACCUUCUGAUCGGCAAGCUCUAGGCUCAUUGGUUUAACCCACAUUGCCACCCGCGUCCCGCAAAUCUCCUGCGCAUCAUCAAUGGCUAUAUCAUUUGUCAGGGAGAUGAAAGUUACGUUGUUAUUAUCAGGCUCUGAUUUCUACAGGUACUAUAAUUAUAAUUAUAAUAAUUAUUAUUAUUUAUCAUUUAUACCCCGCCCAUCUGGCUGGGUUUUCCCAGCCACUCUGGGCGGCUUCCAACAGAAAAAAUGAAAUAAAAUAAUCUAUUAAACAUUAAAAGCCAACCUAAACAGGGCUGCCUUCAGAUGUCUUCUAAAAAUCUGGUAUCUGUUUUCUCUUUGACAUCUGAUGGGAGGGCGUUCCACAGGGCGGGCGCCACUACCGAGAAGACCCUCUGCCUGGUUCCCUGUAACCUCACUUCUCGCAAUGAGGGAACCGCCAGAAGGCCCUCGGUGCUGGAUCUCAGUGUCCGGGCAGAAUGAUGGGGGUGGAGACGCUCCUUUAGGUAUACUGGACCGAGGCCAUUUAGGGCUUUAAAGGUCAGCACUAACACUUUGAACUGUGCUCGGAAACGUACUGGGAGCCAAUGUAGAUUUUUCAAGACCGGUGUUAUGUGGUCUCGGCGGCCGCUCCCAGUCACCAGUCUAGCUGCCGCAUUCCGGAUUAGUUGUAGUUUCCGGGUCACUUUCAAAGGUAGCCUCACGUAGAGCGCAUUGCAGUAGUCCAAGCGGGAGAUAACUAGAGCAUGCACCACUCUGGUGAGACAGUCUGCAGGCAGGCAGGGUCUCGGCCUGCGUACCAGAUGGAGCUGAUAGACAGCUGCCCUGGACACAGAACUGACCUGUGCCUCCAUGGACAGCUGUGAGUCCAGAAUGACUCCCAGGCUGUGCACCUGGUCCUUCAGCGGCACAGUUACCCCAUUCAGGACCAGGGAGUCCUCGACACCUGCCCGCCUUCUGUCCCCCACAAACAGUACUUCUGUCUUGUCAGGAUUCAACCUCAAUCUGUUAGCCGCCAUCCAUCUUCCAACUGCCUCCAGGCACUCACACAGGACCUUCACCACCUUCACUGCUUCUGAUUUGAAAGAGAGGUAGAGCUGGGUAUCACCUGCAUACUGAUGAACACCCAGCCCAAACCCCCUCAUGAUCUCUCCCAGCGGCUGCAUGUAGAUGUUAAGAAGCAUGGGGGGAGAGGACAGAGCCCUGAGGCACCCCACAAGUGAGAGCCCAGGGGUCCGAACAGUCAUCCCCCCCACCACUUUCUGAACACGGCCCAGGAGGACACUGCAUGACAGUGCCCCCAGCUCCCAAUCCCUCUAGACGGUCCAGAAGGAUAUUAUGGUCGAUGGUGUCAAAAUCCGCUGAGAGAUCCAGGAGAACUAGGAAGCAACUCUCACCUUUGUCCCUAGCCUGCCAGAGAUAAUCAUCCAGUGCGACCAAGGCAGUUUCAGUCCCAUGAUGAGGCCUGAAUCCCGACUGGAAGGGAUCCAAAUGGUCUGCUUCUUCCAGGCGUGCCUGGAGUUGUUCAGCAACCACUCGCUAUAUUGAACACAUCAAAUCUCAGCAGAACCAUAGUUCUUUACUCUUUACACAAUUUCACCAAAUGUAAAGGAAGUCUGCUUUAUUCCACCAACACCUUCAGUGUUUUGCACUCAUGUUUCACCAAUACUUUCUGAAUUGAGGUGCCAUUAAUGUAAUAUUUUCUCAAGUGAGGUACCAUUAUUGAGGUACCACUAUUCCUUAGCCAGCAGUGCAGCCAUCUUUUAAAAGUUAAGCAGUUAUCUUAUGGAAUCAGCAGCAGCAAAAGCUUGUUUUUGUUUUUUAAAACCUCUGGCUGUGUAUCUAGUUCUCUUACUAUCACGGGGCCUUCCUACAGGGAGCCUCCUCCCCUCUUGCUGACCAGCACUUCGCCCAGUGAGAGCAGCAGCAGUGGGUCAGGUGAGGGGAAUCAGGAAGUGAGCAGGACGGAGAUGUCAGGGCUCAGCGAUAUGGGAGAGCCCCUACGCCGCCAGGACCAAGAGGUGGAGGGGAGCAGGCAGCCCCUUCCGGCGCCAGAGUUAAGGCGCACCAUGAAACGUAAGGUUGGGAGGAGGCGUUUCGGGGUGCCCAAACUCUUAUGCUGGUCCCGUAGCUGGAAACGUCCACUCCCGGAUUCUGUGAGUGACUGAGAGGUCAUGCUUUUUUGGCUAUCUGCACUGUAAAUACCAUGCACAAUAAAACUCUUAAAGACAGAGCAGACUCGGACGUUGUUACUCAAGAGUAGCCGCCACAACACCCCUACAGCAAUCCAGGAGUCCUUGAGACUGCUUUUGGGGAAAACGCCAGGAUGAGCUCGGAGGAAGUGCAGAAGGCAGCACAGCAAGCCGCGCACGCCAUGCCACGGGUGGUGGAGUUGGCACAGCAACUUGAGGCUGUGACCAAGCGGGCCGCGGAGCUCGAGGGGCACGCAGCGUUGCUGGAAGCCAGGCUGGAUGAGCAGAGGAAGGUGACCCAAUAGCCCGCCCCAGGGCCUUUGGAAGGAAGGUACCAUCUCUGGUGCACAAAUUCAUCAGUGAUCCGCGGCAAUACUUGGGCUUUCGGACAGAGAUAAAUUAUGCCCUGAAAUUGCAGGAGGGGGAAUUUGCCGGCGACCAGCAGAGGGUGGCCUUCAUCAUUGACCAUCUGGAAGGGGACACGCGCGAAUGGGUUAGAUGUGGUGGAUUAUAGAAUUGUCAAUUCCCUGACUGAGCCUAUAGAGUUCCCUAUACCAAGAGUGGAUGAUCUGUUGAAUGUGGUGAGAAGGGGAAAUUUUUUUAUAAAGUUGGAUCUCCGCAGGGCGUACAACCUGAUAAGGGUCAGGGAAGGAGAUAAGUGGAAAACCACCAUGUACCACCAGGGGGGUCUGGGGGCCUUUGAGUACCUGGUUAUGCCGUUUGCUUUACAGGCAGGAAGUCUGUGUUUCUAAGCCUUCAUACACCACACCCUGGGAUCCUUGCUGUUCAAGAACCGUGUCGCCUUUUUGGAUGAUAUUCUGAUCUAUUCAGAGAGUGAGGAACAGCACGUGAAGGAUCUCAGGGCGGUGUUAGAGAGGCUCAAGGAACAUCAGCUGUACGCGAAGCCGGAAAAGUGUGUGUUCCACACAGAGGUGGAGUUUUUGGGCUACAAACUGUCUGACAGGGGUUUGGCUAUGGACAGGGCGAAGGUGAAGUCGGUUCUGGAAUGGCAGAGCCCGUGAAACCGGAAGGAUGUCCAGCAAUUUAUGAGUUUAGCAAACUUCUACUGGAAGUUUAUCAAUAAUUUCUCCCAUGUGACUGCGCCCAUUACUGACUGUUUGAGCGGCAAGAAGAGUUUUAGGUGGACACCGGAGGCGCAGCAGGUGUUUGAAAGUCUUAAGAAAGUCUUUGCGUCAGAGCAAAAUCUGUUACACAUGGUGCCGGACGCACCCAUCAGGGUGCAGGGUGCAGGGUGGAGACGGAUGUGGGCACCAUUUUGUUGCAAUCGGACACCAACAGGGAGUGGAAACCCUGCGCCCUUUUCUCCCUCAAGCUAAACCAGGUGGAACAGAAUUACACAGUCUUCGAUCAUGAGCUGCUUGCGAUACACACUGCCUUUAAACAGUGGAGACACUUCCUCGUAGGGGCACGUCAUCCCAUCCAGGUGUACACGGAUCACAAGAAUCUUUAGUUUUGGAGAACUGCCAGGGUCCUCAACCAGCGUCGAAUCAGAUGGGUGAACUUUUUCUCCCAAUUCAAUUUUGCCAUCCACUGUAUCCCGGGGGAGCAGAAUGUCAGAGCAGAUGCACUAUCCAGAAAACCCGAGUAUAUGGGGGAUGAGGGUCCACCAAUAGCCCGACACAUGUUCCCACCAGGAAGCUGGACAUGGGGUACAGUGGGGGGGGGAGCAGAACUGGUCUGGCGCACCAAAUAGGACCCUUUUGCGCAAGCCAAGAUGCGAGACUUACAGGAAGGGAAGGGGGAGGAGGAAGGUUUGAGGUGAAAGGGGGGGUUACUUUUUCGCCAGGGUGCUCUUUACCUGCCCAGGGAAGCCCUGCGGGGGCGCGUACUCAAGCAAUUGCAUGAUAACUCCACAGCAGGUCACUUUGGAAGGGAGAAGACCACACAAUUGGUCACUAGGCAAUUUUGGUGGCCCAGGGUGAGGGAAGACAUAAGGGAGUACGUCAGAGGCUGUGACACAUGCCAGUGAGCAAAGGGGGAGCGAGCGGCACAAGCAGGGUUUCUGGAGCCUUUACCCACACCCAGUAGGCCAUGGGAAGUGGUGUCCAUAGAUUUCAUCACAGACCUGCCACCCUCAAGGGGUAAAACUGCGGCCCUGGUGAUAGUGGACUUUCUGGCUAAGAUGUGUCACUUUGUAGCAUGUGCAGUGUUGGCGGAGAAGAUGGCCCAAUUGUUUGUGGAACAUAUUUUUAGGCUGCAUGGGUUACCUUCAAGGGUGAUUUCAGAUCGUGGCAGGCAGUUCACUUUCCGUUUCUGGCGUAAGCUUAUGAGCCUGUUACACAUAGACGUGAGCCUUUCCACUGCGUGCCAUCCCCAGACCAAUGGCCAAUCUGAGGGGGCAAAUGCAAUCUUAACAGCAGUACUUAAGAUGCUAUGUCAAUCAGAGGCAGAAUGAUUGGGUAGAUAGGUUGCCUCUGGCAGAGUUCGCAUACAAUAAUGCGGUACAUGUUUGACAGGAACCACGCCCUUUAAUGCCAAUUAUGGGCAGGACCCACAAGCCUUUCCCGGGGGAAGGAUGAAAGAGGGGGAGGUUCCCGCAGCAGAGGAAUGGGUGGAAGAAAUGGAGGUGAUACACCAGCAGCUCAAGGAAAACCUGGAAAGGGCCAAGGAAGCCUAUAAGAGGGGGGCAGAUCGGUACAGGAGGCCAGGGGAGGUAAUCAGGGAGGGGGACCAGGUCUGGCUGUCCUCAGAGGGACUCCCCACCCAGGGGCCACAAAAGAAGUUGGCUCCCAGAAGGCUGGGACCUUUCAAGGUGCUACAGCAGAUCAACCCAGUAGCUUUCAAGUUGCAGUUGCCUGAAUCCAUGAGGAUACACCCGGUAUAUCAUAGGUCCUUGCUCUCCUCUUACAGGGAAGGGCACUGGUUCCAAAGGGAGGAAACGGGAGGCGCCCCCCCACCGUCCAUGGUGGAGGAGGAACUGGACAAUGAAGUAACAGAGAUUCUGGACUCCAGGUGGGGAACUGAAGGGUUGGAGUACUUGGUAGCAUGGGAGGGGGCUCCUGCUUCAGACAAUGCCUGGGUACCGGUGGAAAGCGUAGAGGAGGAAUUUCUAGUGGUACAAUUUCAUGUGCUAUUCCCUCACAGACACAAACCGCCGAGAAUGUGGGUGGGGGAGGUGUUUGCACCCACAGAUAGCAAAGAGGACUUCAAAGGUUUCCUGGAGAGCGAGUCAGUGUGUGUUGAAGAAGAAUGGGAAGAAACCCCACAGCCCUGAGGGAUGUGGGGGUGGGAAGCAGUAUUCACGGAUGAGGGGGAGGGGUCUUUCAGAGGCUUCCCUAGUAGCUCACAGGAGGAAACAGACUGGCAGCAAUUGUUCGCUGCUACUGAUCCGGACACAUCGUUUGAGGGGUUUCCACCUUUGCCCAUGGGGCAACCUGCCUCGAGAGGGGAGGGGGACAUGAAGGGAGGUGGAUGUCAGGGGGCUUUCCUACAGGGAGCCUCUUGAUUAUUGAUUAUUGUAACUUGCUCUACGCAGGGCUGCCCUUGAAACUGACCCAGAAACUCCAGUGGGUGCAGAAUGCCGCGGCGAGACUCCUUACGGGGUCCUCGCCGUGGGAUCACAUUCAUCCAGUGCUUUACCAGCUGCACUGGCUCCCGGUGGAGUACAGGGUCAGGUUUGAGGUGCUGGUUUUGACCUUUAAAGCCUUAUGCGGCUUAGGACCCUCGUACCUACGGGACCGCCUCUCCCGGUAUUCCCCGCAGAGGACAUUAAGGUCCACAAAUAAUAACAUACUGGAGAUCCCAAGUCACAAGGUGGUUAGACUGGCCUCGACCAGGACCAGGGCCUUCUCAGUACUAGCCCCGACCUGGUGGAACACUCUUUCUCAGGAGACUUAAGGCACAACAGGAGUUGUGAUCUUUUCGUAGGGCCUGCAAGACAGAGCUGUUCCGCUUGGCCUUUGGACUGACUCAGUCUGACCCCGGUGUUACCCUCCUAAGGUUUUAUCCUACAGAUAUUUAAAUGAGGUUCCACUUGUAGAUGCCUAAUUUUAAACUUGAAUUUUAACAUUGUAUUUAAUCUGAAUUGUUUCUUUUAUGCUUGCUUUGAUAUUUUUGUUGUUAGCUGCCCUGAGCCCGGUCUUGACUGGGAAGGGCGGGGUAUAAAUAAGAUUAUUAUUAUUAUUAUUAUUCCCCUCUUGCUGACCAGCACUUCGCCCAGUGAGAGCAGCAGCAGUGGGUCAGGUGAGGGGAAUCAGGAAGUGAGCAGGGCGGAGAUGUCAGGGCUCAGCGAUGUGGGAGAGCCCCUGCACUGCUAGGACCAAGAGGGGGAGGGGAGCAGGCAGCCCCUUCCGGCGCCAGAGUUGAGGUGCGCAACCAAACGUAAGGUCGAGAGGAGGCGUUUUGGGGUGCCCAAACUCUUAUGCUGGUCCCGUAGCCGGAAACGUCCACUCCCGGAUUCUGUGAGUGACCGAGAGGUCAUUUUUUUUUGCUAUCUGCACUGUAAAUACUAUAAAUACAAUAAAACUAUUAAAGACAGAGCAGACUCGGACGUUGUUACUCAAGAGUAGCCGUAACAACACCCCUACACUUACACAUACAUAAACUGCAAAUUAACUGAGUUGUAGGAUCCUACCCUGUCUUUAGUCACGUAUACCAGAGCAAACUGCUAAAGCUAUGAGCCAUACAAACACUUGAGAAUUGUUUGAGAAUGUGGGAAAAUCUGUGCAGGUUUGCAAGAUGUGAUUGCAUAUCAUGGUGCAUGAAUGGAUAUUCCAAGCCAAUCAAGAAGAUUUGUGUCAGGACCUUGAUUUUGUUUUGUAUUUGUUAUUAUUCUUCGGAAGUGUGAGUAUUAAUUGUGAAAAGUUUGUGAUUCUAGUUCAGAAACAUCCAAGUCCCCAUUCUUUUCUCAUUCAAACCUGAAAUUAAUUCAUGAUGUAUUUGCCUCCUUGUAAACUAUGAUGCAAGUAAUUGUUUUCUUUUUUAAAAAGCCCAGUGUAUCCACAGUUCUGUGAAUUAAUAAUUUUGAAAAAAUACUUUAAAAGUAUAGUCAGUAUACAUUUUUAGUACAAGUGAUCUCUGUAUUGUUGGAGGCUUAGUUUCUGGAUCAAAUAAACCAAAUGUGGAUUUGAUUCCUCUGCUUUUGCAGAGAGAGUCUGCCACUACUUGGCCUAUGGAGAUUGAAAGUAGAGGACUUCUCUCUUCCAGCAUCAGGUUGGAAGGAUUGGGAAGAGAGCUCCAUUGCACAGCUUUCUGUUUAACAGUGCUGACAAAAGCCUUACUGAAAUCAAGAUACACUAUGUCCACAGCAUUCCCCUGAUCCACCAAGCUUGUAACUCUAUCAUGAAAAGAAAUGAGAUUUGUAUGGCAUGACUUGUUCUUGAGAAACCCAUGCAGGGUCUUGGUAAUCACAGCAUCCUUUUCUAAGUGUUCACAGACUGAGUGUUCUAGGACCUUUCCUGGUUGGUAGUUACCUGGGACUUCUCUCGCCCCCCUUUUGAAGAUGGGGACAACAUUUGCCCACCUCCAGUCCUUUUGUACAUCUUGGUGCAGCUCAUCAGGCCCUAGUGAUUUGAAUUCAUUUAAAGUAGCUGGGUGUACCCUUACCACAUAUUUUUGAAUUACAUUUCACACAGAUUUCUUGGGUAUUUUCAGAUAUUUUCUUAAAAUAUCUCCAUUACAAAUUUCAAGAUAAUAUCAAGUUGAUGUCUAUGUACUAGAUUUUAACUUUUUAAAAUGAUACUUAAAAUCCUUACAUUUAAACUUUUUAUAGUCAUAUGUUGUUGUUGCUUUGAUGCUGUAACAAUAGCUUAAGAUUGGGUCAGUUUUAAGGGUUUAGUGUGGAGGCACCUGGAAUUGGAAACAAUUACUUGAAAUUUUGGGAAGUCCCCCCCCCCCCCAAUUUCCGUUCCUUUCCAGGUUCUGUUUACAAUUUCAUUUAAGAUCUUUCUUUUGGACUAAAGGUAGAAAGGUUUUGGUUUUUUAAAAUCGCUUUAUGGACUAAACCCAGACAUUAGUAUCAAAUAAUGUAACAUUUUAAGUUCUGGCAUUGUGGCACUUGGAAAUAAAUUACGGUAGCUAUAUAUUUACUGUACCCAUGUGCUAGGAUGCUUAUUUUAGAGACGGAUAACUUGCAUGCUACAUUUGAACUGGAUUAGUUCCUGAUGACAUUUAAGAUUCCCCAGAUAAUCAAAAUAUGCUAUAAAAUAAUUGGCCACCAUUCUUGGGAGCUUUUUCAAAAGAACAAAACUCUCCAAUCCUGAUGUAUAGCAACUGACUACUACACAUUCCUCCAAGAAAGAAACCCAGUGAAACCUAGACCCAUAUUAGGUGAGAAGAAUUUGAUUGGCUCAUCUGGUUUGAGAGUUCACAGUUCUUCUACAUUAUUCCAUGACCUGAAAAGGCAACUCUUCAAUGUGAAAGGAAACAUCCUCAUUCUGAAUGACCAGUAAAUAAUAAUAUUCUGUUGGUAGUUCCACCACUUUCUGAAGAUUCCUUCUUUUGCAACUCUAUAGGGUCUGCACACACCAGUCUCCAAGUGAGCUUGUAUGUCCACAAGAUGGUGCCCUUGUGCUGGGAAAAGUCCCAUUCCAGGUUGAUUCUGGACAAAGCUUGGGAAGAUGGAACAUCAACUGUUGUUCUGAAACUUCAGGAGGGUAUUUCCAGGAAAAUGGAUGAUGACGACUUUGGAGGUUUUGAGGCCGCCGAAAACUUUAAGGAUGGAAAUGGUGAACCCCCAGUUACUUCUCCAGCUAUUCCUUGGGCAGCAUUUACUACAGCACCUGAAAUCCAUGUACCUUCAACACUUUCUGCUGAGGUUCUUCAGGAGUCGUCUUCCACUAAUGUCAGCUUUGUCUCUUCUGAUCCAUUAAUUCCUUCAGGUGAUGAUAUGGUGAUAGAUGGUCAGCCAUCAACCAACACUUUAAAUUUAACUGAUCUUAAAGAACAGGUUCCAUUAUCGGUUGAUCCUUCUUUGAAUGUACCAGUUUCCUGUUUGAGUAUAACUGAAGAUGUGGAAACAGCAAGUGAAAAUGAUAGGAAACUAGAAUUGGAUGAAGCAAAUAAAGAAACACUUCAGCAAACACUUUCAAGUCUAGAAGUUAAACUUAAAGCUGCUGAUGAAGAAAAAGGUAGAAUAAAAAAGGAGUUAGAAGAUUUGUUGGAAAAAUACAGGAUUCUGGAAACAGAUUUACUGGAACACAAGGAGGAUAAAUUGAUUUCUCAUGAAGAUCAGUACAAGAAGAUUCAGGAGAAGCAUAAACUUGAGUUGGAAGACUUGAGAAGAGCUGGCCAUGAGGCCUUGGCUAUUAUUGUGGAAGAAUUUAAGGCCUUACUGCAGUCUACGGUUCAGCAACGCAAAGAAACCAUUGAAAAACAGCAUGCAUCUGUGAUUGAAAAACAGGCACAAAAGUGUGAAGAACUGCUUAUUGCUCAACAUCAAAGGUUGCUUGAUAUGUUGGACAAAGAGCACAAAGUUUUAGAAGAAAAAACAGAAGAAUCUUUGCUGCAGCAAUCGCAAGAAUAUAAGAACAUGCUGGAAAAAUGCAUGGAGAGUGAGAGGGAAAGCAAUAAGGAAGCUUUGGCAGCCUCUGCAAAGAUUGAAAAAGAAGAGUUGGAAGCUGCCAUUCUAACAGCAGUAAAAGCAGAAAGAGAAAGCAUGAAAAAACUCCAUGUAGAAGAAAAGGAACUAUGGCAAGCAGAGAGAAAAAAAGAUCAGGAAAGGAUUGCUCAAGCAAUUGCAGAUGCAGUUGAAGAACAGAGACAAAGCAGUCAGUCAAUUGUAAAAGCAGCCAUUUUAGAAGAGCAAGAAAAAAGUGAAAAAGCUAUAGAAAAAGCUGUGAAGCAAACAAGAGAAGAGCUGAUGGAAUAUAUCAAGGAACAGAAAAGGAUUGAUCAAGUUAUCCGUCAACGUAGCCUAUCAAGUCUGGAACUGUUCCUCUCUUGUGCACAGAAACAACUGAGUUCUUUAUUACAUGAAGAAUCUACAUCAGAUGCAGAACAAAAGAAACUGUCCCUCUAAAAUCACAGAAAAUUUAUGUAGUUACUAAACUAAAUGCUGCAGAUGAUCAUUCUAAGACACUGAGAAUUGGGUUAUUGAUUCAAGAUUAAUCAGACGGCCUUAUUUGUUUUAGUCUUUGAUUUUCACUUUCAUGGCCAUAUGAAAUCUAAUCAAAGGGUGCCUCCAAAGAUAAAGAGUUUUACAAUGGCAACUUGUUUUCACAAGAGUUUCAGAAAUGGCUGAAGAAUGCAGUAACUGACAAGUCCCCGUUGAAUAACUUCAAUACCACAUUCUUUGAGAAGAAGCUCAUAUGGUUGCUUAUUUAGAACUCUAUACAUGUUAUUUAUCACUGUUAAAUGGAUGUAGAAUCUUAUUUUUCAUUCCAAAUCCAUUUGACUUGAAGCAGGAGGUAGGAAACACUACUGUUUACGUCUGGAAACACAAGGAGUCAUAUGUGAACUAAGUCAUACAGAGAGCAGACUCAUUCAACCAGUGGACUUGACUAACCUAAUUUUAUUGAUUUCACGGGAUAUGCUCUGGUAAUGGAUUAAUCAGAUAGCUCCCAUUGGAUCUUCAGGUCAACGAAAUAAUAGAAAAUGAUCUUAGAUGUCUCCCUCAUUCUUCAAAGAUAGUGCCCAGGAUCCAAAGUGCUUGUUUAUUAUUUAUUCCCAAGUGGUUUGACAGACCUAGUAGGAUUUUUUUACACCAAUAAGAGCUUCCUCUGUUUCCAAAGCAGAUGUGACUUACUCCCUAGUAAAGGUAGUUAGGAUUGCAGCCUUAGUGUAUUUAGCUAACUAUUUUGAAAUUUUGAAACACAUCUAAAGGGUUCUAAAUUCUCAAAUCAAGUCAAAUGAGAAGGUAUUGAAGAUAUCUGUAUGUUUUUCACAUAUUAAGAAUGUAAUAAUUCAUGAGAAAUCAUUGCAGAGAUAAUGUUAAUGUCACUUGUGUAUUUUAAACUCUCUUAGCAUUUAGCAAUAAAUUGUUUCCAAAAAUAA